AACUCGCACAUCACAUCAAGUCGCCGUGCUCUGGAGUGAGGUCAUGUUGAUAAUUUUGUACAGAAAGAAAUUCUUCACGUUUUAUAUUUUCGAAGCUCGUGCAAUAAAAGUGAAUCCAUAGAAAUUUAACAUUAUAAUAUGCCCACCCAUCGUUUGUUCGUAGGGAACAUUCCCGCGGGAACCGGUGAGGAUGAGCUAAAGCAGGAAUUUUCCGCCUACGGCUCAGUGAAGGCGAUAGACCUCAAAACCAAACCCAAUCCACUAACCAACUCUGUGGACACUUUUGCCUUCGUCAACGUUGAACUGGAUGAACGAACCCUGUGGCAGUGUAUCAAUGAAUUCCGGCAGCAACAGUACAAAGGCGUUUAUCUGAAUGUGUCAAAGGCUAAGGAGUCAUUCUUGGAUCGGUUGAAAAGGGAACGAGAAGAGGCAGAGGUGGCCAAACAAACCAGCGAUAUACUUAAUCCUUACAAGAAAGCUGAAGGGCAGAAGUCAGAGGAAAAGUUUGUUGUGCCACUUCCAGCUUUGCCAACAAUUAAAAAGGAAGUCGAAAGCUCCAGCUCUGAAUCAGAGGUGGAAGAUGAAGUGCCAGUUCCGGCUCCUGUUCGACGACCAAUCGUUUCACAAAAGAAAACUCCGAAUGAUGAGGACGAUCAGCUUGUGCGAAAGUGGAACCAAGAGACGUACAUUGAGCAUGGAAAACUGAAAAUCGUCCCCAUUACCGGUCAGGUGAAGGAAGUGAUCGAUAAGAGCAAAAAUCGUCAGCAGCAACCGGAGAAGCAACUAGAUGAAAAGGCCCGUUUAGCAGACAUAAAGCGAAAGCAGGGCUUGACGAAACUGCAGGGUGCCUAUGAUCGGCAAAAGUUGGCCAUCCAAGCGGCGCUGGCCGGAAAUGAGGCAAGUAAUCGAAAGAAGAUUGUGUUCGACGAUGAUGAGCCUGCGGCUGGGAAGAAAUUGAAGCUGUCGCUAUUUGACGCAGAUGACACCGAGGAUAGAUUCACGGGCAACUUUGCGGUUAAAAAAGAAUUGGCCGAGAACACGGAGGAAGGUCAACGACUGUAUGACAUGCAAACGCAAUUUCACGGUGAUUCGCGUUUCAAGUUGGAUGAGCGCUUCCUAGCUGACGACGAUUCAGCAGCGGGCCGAAAAAAGAAAAGAGUACUUGAGCGGGAAAAAGCUUCUAUGGAUUCAACUAGCGCAAUCAAAGUAAACAAUCCGGAGCGCAAAAAGCAGUUGGAGAUUCUUUCGAAAGUGACCGGAAGGGAAAUUUACGAUAGAGAGCAGUUCAAAAAGGAUGAAGCUGGACCAAAAGGAAUGCACCGGUUUGAUCCAUCGAUCAGAGAAGAAACACCAAUAUUGGAACCCAAGAAAAUUAAAAAAGAGCCAACUGAAGAGGAAGUAUUGGCGGUGAAGAGAGCGGAAAGGUCCGAUGAGGUGUUUCAAGUGACGGAGGAUAAAUUCUUUAAGGUUUCUGACAAUUUGACUCAGGCGAUCGGAUCAAGCUCAGGAGGAUUCAGUCUACUUUCGAUGUUUGGUUCUGUUCCCGUGGAUAACAAAGAUGUCGAAGAAGAGGAACAAGUUCAAGACAAACCAAUGUUCAGCGAUGCCCGGUUCAAGUACGAAUCCUCGGCUAGUGAGGACGAAGAAGAUGAUCAAUUGCCUGAACCAGAGGAAGUGGUACAAGUUGUACCGCAGGAGGAUGAUUCCAAGAAGAAAAAAAAGAAGGGUGGAUAUUUUUCGAAACAAGGCAUCUGGAAGGAGAGUUUUUUCUUUCUGCCAAAUGAUGCUCGAUUUGAAGAAGGUAGGAAGUUUUUCAUGGAGUUUGCAAGCUCGGCAGCGGAGGCCAGUGCUAGCAAAGAAGAGCAAGCCAAGGAUAUUAGGAAGAUUUUUAAGAAGCGAAGAAUGCGUGAGACGAAAAACGUAAACCAAUUAAGAGCCAGACGUGGCCAGAAGUUGAUGAAGGGGAGGAAGAAAUAGAACCUACUUUAACAAA